AUGGCUCUGACCUCAUACUCGGGAAAUCAUGUCCUCUGGCCCCAGAAAAGCUUGGCAUGUGAUCCGCAGCUUCUGGCCGCUUCUCGUCCGAUAUAUAGAUUGGUUGUCGCUUUCCUUGACAACCGUGAUAUCGGAUACGAUCACCACCCAAGAAAAUCCACACAAUGUCUACCCGCGAUCAUCGCCAUAGAGACAGAUCCCGCCGAGAUCACGAUUCGUGCUCGCGCUCGCGCUCCCCAGACCGAAGUGACAGACACAAAAGACAUCACCAUCGGCACCGUCAUGGUCAUCGCCGACACCGAGACUACAGUCAUGAUCGCGAUCGGCACUCGCAACCAGCCUCUUCGGUGCCCGUAG